GUCCAGAGAACUGUUAGAAGGUUUCAUCGUCACAUAAUAUCUUUGCUUUGGGCGGCCCAGAGAUAAAAGGCUGCCAUUGUAAUUGGAGACAGAGCAACAGGGAGAGUGUUCCAGUGAAGCUUCAUCAGCAUUGCUGCCUGUGCAAGGGAGGUGUCAGAAUGAAGACACUUGUUCUUCUGGCAUUCUUGGGAGCCCUGAUCUCCCCAGCUUUUCCCCAGUUUCAUGGUAAACCAAGGCAUCCCAGACAAGAACCAGAAGAGACAAUUACAGAAACACUUUCAGAAGUACCUGGAGAAACUCCUGGGGAGCCUACAGAAGAAGUUGUUCACGAAGAGGAAGAUACUUUCUACCAAUCACCAGUGAAUAAGCUUGCAACAAGCAUUUCCAACUUUGGUUACAAUCUCUUCCGACAGUUAAGCAACAAGAAUGCCAAUGCUAACAUCUUCGUUUCACCCUUUGGCAUAGCCACUGGCCUCUCUGAGCUCUCUCUAGGAGCCAGUUCCAGAACACAGCAGCUUCUUCAUCGAGCCUUGUUUUAUCACGUUCUCAGUGAUCCUGAGAUACACAGUACCUACAAAGAACUCCUUGCUGGCAUUACAGGCAAAGGCUACAAAAUGGCUACAAAGAUCUUCCUGGAUAAAAAGGUGAAAGCCAAUGCGGACUUUCUAAACAAAGUGGAAACACUGUAUGGAGUGAGGCCAAGCAGUCUGUCUGGCAGUAUUCGAACCGAUGUACGCAGCAUCAAUGAUUGGAUCAAACAGACUACACAGGGAAAAGUUGACAAGUUCUUGAAAGGGCUGCCCACCAGCCUCAGCAUUUUGUUGCUCAGUGCUGUUCAUUUCAAAGGUCAGUGGGCACAGAAACUAAACCCCCGACUGUCUGGCAUUCAAGAGUUUCACCUGGAUGAUAUCAAGUCUGUCAAAGUGCCCAUGAUGUAUGGAGAGAACUACCCUGCCAAAUUCGGCUUUGAUUCUGAACUCAACUGCAAGAUCGCCCAGCUACAACUAACUGGCGAUGUCAGUAUGCUAAUCUUCCUGCCUAAUGAGGUCACAAAGAACUUUACAUUAAUCGAGGAGACCCUGAGUGCUGAGUUCAUGCACGAUACCGCCAAAGCACUGCAUGAUGUCAAAGUGAACUUCAGACUGCCAAAGAUUAAUCUGGCACACGACGCAGAUUUCUCCAACACCCUCGGUGAGAUGGAUCUUAGAGGCUUAUUUCAGACACCUGAUUUCAGCAAAAUUGCUGCAGGUCCAACAAAGAUCACCAAAGUACAGCAUAAGGCUGCCCUGGAGCUUGAUGAGACAGGAGCUGAACUCACCGACACAGCUGCAGCAGCCGCCCGUGUGACCAUCUCAACAGAGUACCGUGUCAAUAGGCCCUUCAUUUUCCUGAUUCGAGAUGACAUCACUGGCUCUCUCCUAUUUAUUGGCAAGAUCCUUGACCCUAAAGCAAUGACAGCACAGGAGCCCAGGAGGCGUAACUAAAGCAACUCUUGAUUCAAACAAAGAAGGCUGCCAUUUCCAAUACUAUACCUGAGGAGUUGCACACGUUCACGCAAGAGACUCCCAAACUGCUUGUAACAAUCUACAAAUGGCAUUAAAAUAUUUUUUGUCUCUUCUAGCUGUGCUCUGUUUGUUAAAAGAUAAAAUAUAGGAAGGUCAAGUGUAACACAAUGUAGAUGAGACCAAACUAAUUUAGAGUUUAAAAAGAUUAUGAUGGUGGUCAAUGGUUGAGGUAUACAAUUUUAGCCUUAAUGCACUGUGUAAUAGCUUAACUGCACCUAUAGGGUGGCCAUAUGUUUCACAGACUUUCUCUCUCAUACAUGACAUUAUACUUUUCUUGGCAGCUUGAAUACUCUUGCUUUUUUCUAGCACAGAGAGAUGCACUGUUUUGGUGCAGGAUAAUUCUAUAGGUGUUAUAGUCUCAAGUCAGUACAAGGGACACCUGGCCCCAGAGGAUGUUCUCUAUUUUAACUGUCUCUUGCAUCUUAACUGCAAAGAUGAAGUGCUCAUGUACAUAAAAGAAAAUGUAAGUCAAAACUCAGGAAUGAAGUUUUUUUACUUUGGAAAACAAACACACACCACUACCAGUAUGUGCAAGCAUGAGCUUGGGCACAGAAAUGUACGUACACACACUCACACAUGCACACACUACAAUACUCAAAUGAGUAGUUGCACAACUGUUUUGUUUCUAGAAGAAAAACUACAACAGUGCUAUCAUUACUGUACGGGUUCCUAAAAUUAAAAUUUAAAGGCAGUGUUUAGCCUGUCCUCAGGACGUAACACAAAACAUGCUACAAAAAUAUUACAAAGCCUCCUUAGAUUACUCAGGUAUUAUCUACCAAACCUACUGCUACAGGACCUAACUUCCUCCAGUUUUCUUUGCCAGAAUUUACUUUUGUUUACCCUUUCUUUUUCUUCCUCAAAAGCUCUUCCUUUUUUGCAAGGCAUUCACUAAGUGAAAAUAUUUUUUUCUCACAAAAGGAAAGGGCAGUACUAGAUGCAUUGCUAAAGGAGGCUAGGGCACAAUGGGAAAUAUUUAAAAAAUCAAUGAAGGCAAGAUUGUGGGGGGGGUUAGCAGAGAGGAUGGCAGAUAGCGACUCCUCCUUAAGGACACUGACAGAUUUGUAUUUUCAAGCAAACUUGGUAAGACUUGCAGCUACCUUCUUGUUGAAUUUUAUGGACAUGUUGCUUUUAGUGUUUCCUCUAGAUGCAUUUAAAUCUGCCUCUUUCUUUAAGCUAAAUUUCAUGCAUUUUGCUGCACUUUCUAAUUGAAAAACUACAUCCCACCACCAACCACCUCACUCCACUUGCAGAUUUCUACAGCAUCAUUGUCUCCCUGACCAUGGCUGCUACAAUUACAGUUUGGCCUCAAGCUUUCAAAUGCUCACAUAGCUCAAACUGAGCUUGAUCAAGCCUAAGCAAAAAAACAGAGAUGCAUCUCUGGACUGGGCACCUUCUAAUUACAUUCAUCCCUCAGACUAACAAAGCAGCUACCACUAAUGACAAUGCAGUCUGCUGUUACAGGAAUUGUUAAUGUCUGAAAUGAAUUCCUUGGUGUGGCCAACUAUUCACAGAGAUGAAACCUCUAUGUAAAACAAUGCCAUUUUACAAUUUGAGACAGAGAGAAAGAAAAAUGAAAAAGAAAGAAAAAAAAAGGGGGAAACAAGGUAUUAGAGUGUGAAUUACGUGGGCACAAACACAUCAGUUUUUAACACCUGAGUACAAAACAGAGAUGCAUGCUGAGACGUUUACUUCUAUUCUCUUAUUAUGACUGUGAUUUGUAAAUGACAAAAAAACUAUAACCCAUCAUUGCCACAUUUAAAUGACUUGGCAAAAAUCUAAACUGAACUGUACGCCCAUUUUGCAUUUUUAAGCAAAUGUGCUCUUUGCUGCAAAGUGAUUAUCAAUAGUGACUUGAGCAAACUGAUAAAAACUGUUCAACCAAGUUCAAAACAAUAAACUUUUUCUGCUUUUUCA